AUAAGUUAUAUUUAUUCUAUCUGACACAUGCAUUCCACGGUGAAUUCAAACAUAACCUAAAUUUAACCAACGAAAUCGAUAAAAAAAUAUAAGUUUCAAUUAUUAUUAGCUCCGAUUAACUCAGAAUGAGUUCUAAUUAUUUAUCCCACCUGAACCAGGUAGCUACUUUCAUGAAGGUGCCUCCAGGAAAGCUGACGUUGGGAAUCAAUAACGUACCUAUGCAUAGCCAUGAAGGUAAGACGCACCGGGGUUUCCUGAACAUCCUCUACAGCUACCUUCCCCAUUCUACCAAGAAUCUUGCUGGUGAAACUUCUGAGGAGAAAGCUGAGCUUUAUCAAUGGCUCGAGUACAGUCUUAUUUAUGUAUCACAGAGCCCAUUGCAUUACCUGUCUGAAAUUAAUGAAUUCUUGACAACAAGGACUUAUUUUGUGGCUCAGACUUUAACUAUUGCUGAUGUUCUUUUAUAUUACAUUUUAUACAAUGUCAUGGAGAAUCUAACUUAUUUGGAGAAAGAGAAGUACAUCAAUUUGUCGAGGUGGUUUGACAACAUGCAGCAGAAUCCUGAAUUGAGGCAGAAGAAUAAACUCGUCGACUUCAAUACGAACUAUUUGGCUGCGAUAUCCCCAGCCAGACACUAAAUUGCAUAAACUAAAUAGAACAUAACUUAACUUAUUGAGAUAAAUAAAUAUAGCAUUUAUGUACUUUUAUCUAUAUAAAAUAUUUUACUACAUCUAUCAGUAAAUCGCAUGACCUACAAAGCGUUGCGAGGGAUAUGCAUUUCAAUUAGAUAAAUGCAAAAGGUCACGCUAUAAAAUUGUACUAAUUUAACAUACGAGAAACAUCCUCAUUGUGUAUCAUUCCAAAACAGAUUAUGUUUUUAAAUUUUGUUUGAAGGCCAGUAACAAAUAAAUAUUCAGAUCUCGAUCCCGAA